AUGGGAUCGAUUUCGAUUAAAGGCCUUGAAGGGUUUGAUUUUAAGUCAUGGGGAAAAAAAGAUCGAGAUAUUUAUAAAGAAUUGCAUAUUUAUGAUUUUGACAAUACAUUGUUUCAAACUCCCUUGCCAAAUGCCAACAUAUGGAGUAAUCAAGCAAUUCGUGUCUUGAUGGCAUUUAACAUUCUCGCAAACGGAGGAUGGUUUUUUGAUCCCCGAGUAUUAGCUUCCACGGGUGAAGGUGUUGAAGUAGAAGAAAAACGUGCUUGGGAUGGAUGGUGGAAUGAAAAAGUUGUUGCCCAAGCUAGAGAAUCUAUUCGACGGCAGGAUGUUUUGGCCGUCUUGCUUACUGGCCGAAAUGAACAAUUUAGGGAGUGUACCGAGAGAAUGGUAAAAAGCAAAGGAUUAUAUUUUGAUGGACUUGUAUUUAAGAUUCAGGCUACAACCGGUUAUUGGCCUGAGACACUGACUUUUAAACUGUGGUUUUUUGAAAAAGUAUUUCAUGAGUUCCCAAAUGUUCAUACACUUCGGGUUUACGAAGAUCGUCCUUCUCAUGUAGAAUAUUUUUCCAGCUGGCUAGCUCAUCAAGCAGAUAAAGAUGAAAAGUUCAAUUUUGAAAUCAUCGCAGUCACCGAACCUCCCAAGUAUCUCAAGUUUUCUACUGAGAUAAAAUUGGUGAAAAGCAUGAUAGCUUCUCACAAUGCGAAGGCUCCUUCUCUUAAGCUUCCGUUGUAUAAGUUUGUGAAAAAUGUUACAUCGUCUACCAUUAUCGUGUCUCCAACUGAGCUGCAUCAUCUUCGAAACGCGUUUUUUCAUGUUCCCAUUACAGACAUCAUGCAAAGUCUCUCCGCUAAUUCCAGAAGAACUUCUGUUGAUAAUGAACCUCGUAUUGCCGAACCCGACUUGCCUCCAGAUACUCCAUACAGUUCUUAUCCUGAAAAAAGCUGGAUCGUAACUGCAAUAGGCCGUUAUCGCGACGAGUAUUGGGCAGUACGUGGGGAAGUAUGUGAUUAUCGUUUAAAGGAUAAAAUUCAUGAACCAGACACUGCCAAUAUUCCCUCACUUUACGGUACGAUCAUGUAUAUUUCCAUGUCUACAGGCAUAGUAACAUCCGAAAUUACUGAUAUUGGUGCUCAACAAUGGAGGGUCCUUGAUCCCAGCGAACGAUGGUUGAUGAAAACUUAUAAUAGACGAGAAUGUACACAUGAUAUCCGUUACAAGCGGCCCUAUACACCGGCUCGCAACUUUACAGAUCUAGUGGAUUUGGAAACCCAGCGUGCUUCCCCGUUUACUGGCACUAUGCAUAAGCCACUAUAA